UCAAGUUGCCAUUAACUUCCGCGGCGGCCGCAGCUCGGCGGCUGGGAGGUGGCAGCAGCUGCAGCCACCGCCCGGGAAGUCCGCCGCCCGGCGCGCCCGCGCGGGGAGCCGACCCGGCCUCGGCCCGCACCGCUGGCCCACGCUGCCCCGGUUCCACGCCUGAUUCUGCCAGGUGAUCUGUAGGACAGUGACUGAGUAUGGAUCAUUUGAACGAGGCAACUCAGGGGAAAGAGCAUUCAGAAAUGUCUAACAAUGUGAGCGAUCCGAAGGGUCCACCAGCCAAGAUUGCCCGCCUGGAGCAGAACGGGAGCCCACUAGGAAGAGGAAGGCUUGGGAGCACAGGUGCAAAGAUGCAGGGAGUGCCUUUGAAACACUCGGGCCAUCUGAUGAAAGCCAACCUUAGAAAAGGAACGAUGCUCCCAGUUUUCUGUGUGGUGGAACAUUAUGAAAACGCCAUUGAGUAUGAUUGCAAGGAGGAGCACGCGGAGUUUGUGUUGGUGAGAAAGGAUAUGCUUUUCAACCAGCUGAUUGAGAUGGCGUUGCUGUCUCUGGGCUAUUCGCACAGCUCUGCUGCUCAGGCCAAAGGGCUCAUCCAGGUUGGGAAGUGGAACCCAGUUCCACUGUCAUAUGUGACAGAUGCCCCUGAUGCUACGGUAGCGGAUAUGCUUCAAGAUGUGUAUCAUGUGGUCACACUCAAAAUCCAGUUACACAGUUGCCCCAAACUAGAAGACUUGCCUCCCGAACAAUGGUCGCACACCACAGUAAGGAAUGCUCUGAAGGACUUACUGAAAGAUAUGAAUCAGAGUUCGUUGGCCAAGGAGUGCCCCCUUUCACAGAGCAUGAUCUCCUCCAUUGUGAACAGCACGUACUAUGCAAAUGUCUCGGCAGCAAAAUGUCAAGAAUUUGGAAGGUGGUACAAACAUUUCAAGAAGACAAAGGAUAUGAUGGUUGAAAUGGAUAGUCUGUCUGAACUGUCCCAGCAAGGCACCAACCAUGUCAACUUUGGCCAGCAGCCGGUCCCAGGGAACACAGCUGAGCAGCCACCAUCUCCUGCACAGCUCUCCCAUGGCAGCCAGCCCUCUGUCCGGACCCCUCUUCCGAACCUGCACCCUGGGCUUGUGUCAACACCUAUCAGUCCUCAGCUGGUCAACCAGCAGCUGGUGAUGGCCCAGCUGCUUAACCAGCAGUAUGCGGUGAACAGACUCCUAGCCCAGCAGUCCUUAAACCAGCAGUACUUGAACCACCCUCCCCCUGUCAGUAGGUCCAUGAAUAAGCCUUUGGAGCAGCAGGUUUCAACCAACACGGAGGUCUCUUCGGAAAUCUACCAGUGGGUGCGGGACGAGCUGAAACGAGCGGGAAUCUCCCAGGCAGUGUUUGCACGCGUGGCUUUCAACAGAACUCAGGGACUGCUUUCUGAAAUCCUCCGAAAGGAAGAGGACCCCAAGACUGCAUCCCAGUCUCUGCUGGUAAACCUUCGGGCUAUGCAGAACUUCUUACAGUUGCCAGAAGCGGAAAGAGACCGGAUAUACCAGGAUGAGAGGGAACGGAGCCUGAACGCCGCCUCGGCCAUGGGUCCUGCCCCACUGCUGAGCACUCCGCCCAGCCGUCCCCCCCAGGUGAAAACAGCGACUCUUGCCACUGAGAGGAAUGGGAAACCAGAGAACAAUACUAUGAACAUCAAUGCCUCCAUUUAUGAUGAGAUUCAGCAGGAAAUGAAGCGUGCUAAAGUGUCCCAAGCACUCUUUGCAAAGGUUGCUGCCACAAAAAGCCAGGGAUGGUUGUGUGAGCUCUUACGCUGGAAAGAAGAUCCUUCUCCAGAAAACAGGACCCUGUGGGAGAACCUGUCCAUGAUCCGACGGUUCCUUAGUCUUCCUCAGUCUGAGCGCGAUGCCAUCUAUGAGCAGGAGAGCAAUGCUGUGCAUCACCAUGGCGACAGGCCGCCCCACAUCAUCCAUGUUCCAGCAGAACAGAUUCAGAGCCCCUCUCCCAGCACCCUUGGCAAAGGAGAGAGUAGAUGCGCUUCCCUACCAGGCCUGCUGACCCCCGCACCAUGGCCCAGUGCUGCUCCUCAGCAGCAGCAGCAACAGCAGCAGCAACAGCAGCAGCCGCCACCUCCUCCUCAGCCGCAGCCCCAGCCCCAGGCAGGCCCCAGGCUGCCUCCACGGCAGCCCACAGUGGCUUCGUCUGCAGAGUCCGAUGAGGAAAACCGGCAGAAGACCAGGCCACGAACCAAAAUUUCCGUGGAAGCCCUGGGGAUCCUUCAGAGUUUCAUCCAGGACGUGGGCCUGUACCCAGAUGAAGAGGCCAUCCAGACUCUGUCUGCGCAGCUUGACCUGCCCAAGUACACCAUCAUCAAGUUCUUUCAGAACCAGCGGUACUAUCUCAAGCACCACGGCAAGCUGAAGGACAACUCCGGCUUGGAGGUGGAUGUGGCGGAAUACAAAGAAGAGGAGCUGCUGAAGGAUUUGGAAGAAAACGUCCAGGAUAAAAACGCCAACACCCUCUUCUCUGUGAAGCUGGAGGGAGAGCUAUCCGUGGAAGGGAGCACAGACAUUAACGCCGACUUGAAAGACUGAGAAUUUUUGUUUCAGCUGUACCACUGGUAUUUACUAGCAAAAUGAAAAGUCCAUCUUGUGUUCACUCAGAAAGCGUUCAUUGUUUAUUGUUUGGCCGAUGAAUCUUCAGAAACUUGCACAAACAGGAAGUUGGAAGGACAGACAGACAGCACGAAAGGUUUUACUGUUUUCCCGGACUGCAUGGCAGCCCCAGUGAAGCGUCAAGGGUUGUCUGAUGGCAGAAUUUGUGUUCAAGGGUUGCACUGUGUGUGUGCGCGCCCUGUCAGCAUGAUACCAGAGAUUGGUUUUCCUUUUAAUUAAUAUUAUUCUGGAGACUCAAAUAAGCAUUAUGACGUCUGUGAUUAUGAUUGCCUUUCCUUUAAUUAUUUCUGUGACACUCCACACUGGUCUUUGGAAACUGGCCCCUUAUUUUAAAGAGAAAAGGAAAAAAAAGUUUGUUACUCGAUUGUAUGUUAAAAAAGAACUAUAGACUGUGGACUGCAGUUUAAAGAUGACAUAUGCCAACAAAUGCCUUGUAGUAUAUGGCACUGCCGUAAUUAAAAUCUGUUUUUUUAUUUUGGAAAUAAAAGUUCACUGUAAUUUUUUUUUCAUUCUCAUUGUUACAUGAUUCAUUGUUACAUGAUUUUUUUUUAAGGAAAAGAAAAUGUGAAACACAAUUUAGUCCUCGUUAUUUAUUUGUAGAUCCUGCAGCAUCAUGUUGUAAUUAAGUUUCUGGAAGUUUCUGUUAAAUGUAAUGUUGCUUCUCUUGUUACCAUACUGUUUUCCUUUCUAUUUAUAACUGUAUUUUGAUGGGCAGUAAAACAAAGUGUCUUAAAAGUUUAAAUAGAGAAAUGUGCUUUACACAGUUGCCUAUAAAAGUCUGUUAUCCGAGCAAUUCACUCUAGAAGCUUCACUCUGUGUCGUAUGCAAUUUUUACUAUCAUGCAAAUAAACUUAGGUAAAUAAAACUAAUAGAUCACCUUAGAAAAUUAUGCAAUUAAUGUGAAAAUAAUUGAUGUUUGCAAUGUGUCUUCCUUUGGUUUACAAUCAAUUUUAAAGCGACAUCUGUAUAAAAUUUCUGUAUAAAGGUGUAUUUCUUUUUUUAUGAGUUUAUGACUAUGAAAACACCAGCUAUUUUGUUACAGCUGCUGUUUUUAUAAGUGUAUCACAAUUUUCUUUAUGCAGAAAUGUGCUUAUUAGGAGUGGUUAUUGACUGUAACUACACGAUUAAAAUUGUUUGUAUGGUAUGCCAUGGCAGGGUUCGUCUGCUUAUGUGACCAAGCUCAAGGGCGGUGUGUCGUGUAGGUGCACGCAUGCUCUUGAUAACCUGUAAAAGAACUACUGCACACUCACCCGGAUCACCAAGUUCAAGUCACACAUGCUCAGUUUUAAGCAGGUAUGAAAUUUCACAAUGCAGAUGAUAAUUAGUUUUGCUUACUAUACAGGACAAAGACUCCAACAGAAACAUGAAUUACUCUAGCAAUUAAGUACUUGGAAUGGCUAUAUCUGCUUUUUUCUCACGAUCCUCCAAUUAUGGCAAUAGUUUUCUUUAAGAUGGGGUGUUUUUCAAUACCAUUAAUAAUAUAAAUAAGGGAACAACCAGAACUGUGUGAGAACCCUUCAUAUUAAGCAUUCUGGGGGAGGGGGUGUUUUGUUUCGAUUUAUUCGACACAUGAUAAGUAGGAAAGGUACAAUACCUUGAGUUCAUUUGGCCUCCUAGUCAAAAUGUAUCUACAUGAAGAAAGUAAGAGUAACCCUGCUAGAAUCCAAACACCAUCUUCUAAACUGCUGCACCACAUCCCAGUGGCAGGCUGGGUGCAAGCAAAGAGUAUUGUGCUCUGAAAAAAAAAAUUUUUUUUUUUGUUAAUUUUCUUAUCUGUUUGUCUCUUGUAGCCCUUUGUUAGGUCCCCUAAGUGUUAAUUGGGGUAUUUGGGUUCGUGGAGCCAGGGCUCUGAGCUACCCUUUUCCUGAAGAGCAUUUCCUCAUGGGGGGGGGGGGGACUGCAUGGAAACUCCUCUACCGCUCCAGUGGGAAACACAUCUGAGCCAUGCAGAAGGCUGCUGCCUGUUGAAAGCUAAUUUCAAUUCUUUCUGUUAGGUGAGAAAACAAUGCAAACUACCUUGUUUGCUGGAGUUCAGAAAAGUAAUCACGUGAGCCAAAGGCAUUUGAAUCAAGAUACUGUAAGCUAAAUUUCAAAUGUUUAAAAAAAAUAGCAUUUCACUAACUAAAGAUUGUCGCCCACGUCCUCCUCUUCCCCAAGUUAAAAGAGUCAGCAGAGGAUCAGAGAAAUUGAUGUCGGUUUUUUUUUUUUUUUCAUUUUAAACAGCCCCAUACUUAGGACAUCAAAUAGGAAUAGAAUUUGGUAGUAUUUGGGAAGAUCUCUUCUAGGAAAUGAUUGUGUUGGAAAGCAACACCAUUGUGCCAGCAAAAUUAUCAGAUCUUUUACAUUUAUGGUCUGCAUGGUUUUGUUAUUUUACGAUAAAGCACAUGUUAGCAAAUGGGGCCAUGAUGGAGUGUGCAGAAUUGUUGAAGACUGCACAUUUUGGAAGAUGUCUCCUAGUAGCCCAUGUUGCCCCCCAAUGUCAUUGUAACCCAUGUCUCUCCUUCCUGCUGCUCACGGCUCUUGAUAAUUUCUUUAGCAAGCUUCAUUGUGUCCCAGUAUUCCGGAGAUGUGUACACACUGGGCAUGACAUAGUGCUUCAGAGUGAGGUAGUUUACGAGUAAUACUCAGCUGUGUGCAUCCGAGUCUGUCAUGGAUCCCUUCACUCAGCACUUUGCCACUAAUUUGUAUGACACUCUGUGGCCAUAUAAUACUUGCAUAUUAUGCAAAAAAUGAUGUUGAUCGUAUCUUCCUGCCACACAACGUGCAGGGCUGACACGUCACCUUUGAAAAUGUGUGUGCCCUACUGUGUUGCACUUCGUAACAAAGUCUGUACAUAUGUACAAAAUGUGUAUUGACUGGUGUUUAGUACGAAGACCUUCUGAGCUGGCGUCCACCCCUAGUAUAUCUAUAGUUGACUAUGCUUAUCUGAACUACAUAGCUUGAGUAGAAAAAAUUCCAGCGGUUCAGGAUUGUCCUGACACAAGUGUCCCACGCAUACUAUAUCUAAUUCUUCCGUAGUCCCAAUUGUUCUCAUGUGGCUGAUGACAAGAUCCUUGAUUGUCACAAUAUUUUCAAUAAAUGAGAUACUAUGAACUGCCUGGUGAUAUUUUCAACAAGAGCAAUUAAAAUGUGUAUGGCCUGUAUUAUAGCAACGGGGAUGAGUCUACUGUGCUAACGCCAGCCAGAAUGUGGAUGGCAGGGUGGGAACAGCGGCUCCAAAGCAGGAGCCAUCCAAAAUGUUAGUGAAAGGAAUUCUCAGUGCUCCUUCUGAAAAAUCCUCUAAAUGUAAAUAGUGGAUACUUGCAUGUCUUUAGACGAAAGUUGAGCUACAAUCUACUAAUACGCACAAUUUUUGAUAUAAAGUGCCCUCAUACGAAAUGUGGUGAAAGGUGUUUGUCAAGAAUACGAUACCUGUUUAACAAUACCAUAUUAAUCCAUGUUAAUAAAAAUAGUUUGGAAUUAA